UCAUCUGGUUGAUUGCGUUAGCUGUGCUAAUGUUUUGGUUUCAGAAAUAUUGGAAAACGCGUGACCACCGGAACCGUAAGCUUCCAGAUUCAAAAAAGUGACUCCCUAUUGGUACAGCAAGAGUGUCAUAAAGUACUUCCGACUGCUCACCUUCUGUGGUCUGUGCAACAAAGAAUCGUACAAACUCCCGGAAGCGCACGCUGCAGCACUGCUUGGCUGUACAUCGUACCGAACGUUCCCGUUUGCUGCUUCCUACAUACCCAUACGUUUACAACUGGCUGCGGCACACGAUCGAGAUGAAUUUGAAAAUAUUUUUAAAUAUUCAGUGGAUAUUUUUUAUUCUAUUUUAUGGAUGGUGCAACAGCAGUGGCAGCUGGAGCGGAAUCAUCAACGGCAACCGGGACUAUCCACAACAGGUGGAACAGAGUACAGCUGACGUCCUAAGUGAUAAACAUUACCACAGUAUGAUGAAAAAUGGAAAUAUCUUCAAGCAGGUUGGACAAACAGAUGUACCAGAACUGGCGAAAGGAUUACAUAGAAAUUUGAAAAAUAGCGGUGAAACAGAACAAGAAAAUAUUAUGAAAGGCGAAGAACAUGAACACUAUGGAAUAUUUCCUGGAUUGGAAAAAGUGUUCAAUAACACUUUUGAACACCAAGCUAAAACUGACAUCUGCAAAAAAGCUGCAGAUGAAACUAUCGAUAUAGCAAGAUCAGCUGAAAGUAUAGCACAGCAGGAGCUAUUAGGGAUCAAACGGAUAGUGCCCGGCUGGAGCGGAGAACGAGCACGGCGCGUUUCUGAUAAUGGUUACGAGGAUCAUCAAAACAACAGCAAAAACGAUAAGAAGGAUGAUUACGAGUUUAAAAUUGCAAAUCAGGACGGCCCGUCGCUGCCAUCGAUGCACAGAAAGGACGGUGCAACAGAUUCAAACAGCGAGAUUGAGGAAACGCCCCACCGUGCGUCGACAUCGUCGGAAAUCAAUGACACAGUGGCUGUUCGCGAGCAAAGCUUCGCCAGUGAAAGUAUGGGAGGCAAUGAUAGGGUGACUGAAGAGAAGUCAACUUCGGGGUGGCUUAAAAGAAAAUUACUUUCUAUUGAGGGCGACUCGGUCGGUGUUGAUAGAGAUGAUACCGAUUCUGAUUACAGGACCUUCGAAGGGAGGAAAGCGGGUUAUGAUGGGGAGCUCGUCCGGAGAAAAGGUCCUUACCAUAAUGAAGGUGAUGAUUACCGGGACAAACAUGGAGGUGAACCGGCAGGAGAUGAUUACUAUCUUCAGUCCGACGAUUCACAUGCUGAUAUUUCCGAGUUGGGUAACAGUAUUGAGGAAAACCCGACGAAUCGAUUCGCAACGGAUGUGGGUGACACGGCUACUUACCACUGGAACAAGGCUAAUCAUAGGCGUGAAAGCGCGCAGGAAACGGAUGGAUAUGUUGACAACCGGAAGGAUGAUAAGGUCAUCGGCUUCCACAGAAGGCGAAAAAGUGCUAAACCGGUUGGAAACGGUAUGCCGCCUAGUGAAAGCAUUUCAAACAGACAGGAAACAUCCCAUGAACAACAAACAGUUUAUCGACAACAGUACGAUGAUUCGGAUCAGAUUAAGACUUCGACACCUUGUGAUUGUGCUGCAAAAUGUGCCUCUUCGGAGAGCAUUCCAGUCGAAAGCACUGAAGAGCCCGAUUUAAGCGAACCUGAAGAGGUUGCCAACGAAGACACUACGUUGGACGCAGAAGAAGCAGGAGAAGAAGAGGAACACACAGAGCAGCCUCUUCAAGAUGUAGAAGGAACGACCACUAAAGAAUCAGAUAAAGAAGACACAGAACAAAACAAUUCACUAGAAAAUCACAGAGAAGUGUACAUUGAUUUGAAAAUUGGAAUCAAAACAGUAGGAAAUCAUAGCUCAUCCGCUUCAAAUGAACCAGUUGAGUUUCAUAAAAAAAUUGUUGUGAAGCGCGAAGAGCUCGAACAUGACAUGAGUACAAGACUGACCGCUUCAUUGGCUCAAGAGUCGAAGUUUCCUGUUGAUUUGGUUAAAGCCAUCUAUCAAUUAGUGGACAAGGAUGACAGCCUUCGGAAGCACGUGGCACCACGUCUGCCGGAUCGAACCAAGUUGUUGUCCAAGCUGGAACAACCAGGCCGCAAGCAAAAGAUUAAUGACGGACCACUGGAAGGUACAAGCGAUGGCGAUUCAGAUGCAGUGGCAAAAAAGGAGGAAACUUCUUCUGAUAAUGAAGCACUAGCCGGUGUACUGGAAGCUAUUGAAGAGUUAAUUAGAAAAAGGACGUAAACUCGUCAUCUGUUAAUUUUAUUUCAUGUUUAAAAAAAUAGCUCUGUUGCUGGGAUGUUAUGUUAGAGACUGAAUUUGAAGGAUAACAUUUUGCGUUGAUAUAUUUAUUGUAUUAUUUAUUAUGAGUGUCAAUUGAAGUAUGUAAAUGUAAAAGAAAUGUUUCCUAUAAUAGACCGAUACCAGAAAAAUUUAAUCCGUCUCACCACUUCUCAAAUUACAGUCUACU